AUGGUACAUGAUAAUCCAUUUCAAAUAAAUAAUAAUAACAAUAACAAUAAUAACAAUACUAAUAACAAUUUUAAUAAUUAUAAUCCAUUUUUUCAACAACAGUCACCAUUUUUAAACCCAAAAGAUAACAUUAUAAUCAGUCAUAAUAAUAAUCAAAUUUUAACUCCACAACAACAAUAUAUACUUCAACAACAAUAUCUUCAACAAUAUCAACAACAUCAAAUUUUUUUACAACAACAACAUCAACAUCAACAACAAUUACACCAACAACAAAUACAGCACCAACAUCAACAACAAUUACACCACCAACAACAACAACAACAACAAAAUUAUCAAAAAAUGAAUUUUACACAAUCUCCAAAUAAUAGUAGUAAAAAGAAAAGAACUCAUGGUGAUAGUGAGCAAACAUCACCAACAUUUUCAUCACCAUUAUUUAAUGGUUUUACAUCACCAAUCGAUCAAAAUAUUAAUAAUAAUAUCAUCAAUAAUAAAAGAUUACAUUUAAAUAAUGAAAAUAAUUUUAUAAAUAUAAAUGAACCAACAAAUGAAAAUUUUAGUGAAAAUAUUAAAAAAUCAUUAUUAGAAAAAGGUUGGAGAUCAAGGUUACAGGGUGAAUUUGAAAAAGAUUAUUUUAAAGCAUUGAUGCAAUAUUUGGAUCAAGAGAAAGAGAGUGGUAUAAUGAUAUCACCACCAACUAAUCAAAUAUUUAGAUGUUUUAAUACCACACCAUUCGAUAGUGUUAAAAUUGUUAUUUUAGGACAAGAUCCACCAUCAAGUUCCAAUCAAGCCAAUGGAUUUGCCUAUUCAGUCGAUACAACCAUAUCCAGUCAAUUACCAGCCACAUUAACCAAUAUAUAUAAGGAAUUGUCAAAUGAUUGUGGAGUAUGUAACGCAACCACUCAUGGCAAUUUAGAAAAGUGGGCACAACAAGGUGUCCUAUUAUUGAAUAACUCUUUAACCAUAAAAAAAGGUUCAUCAGAGAGUCAUGCAAAUCGUGGUUGGGAUAGAUUUACAGAUCAAGCAUUAUCAAUACUCGCGACCGAAAGAAAGGGUAUCAUUUUCUUUUUAUGGGGAAAACAUUCUCAAGAGAAAAUACAUCUCAUUAAAGGUGGUGAUAACAAUUCAAAUAAAGAUAAUCACCAUACAAUUCUUACAGCAUCCCAUCCUUCACCAUUUUCAGUUUCAAAAGGUUUUUUUGGUUGUCGUCAUUUUAGUACGGCUAAUAAUAUUUUAAUUCAAUCUCAACAAUCACCAAUUGAUUGGGAUUUAGAUAAUAUCGAUUGUAAUAAUAACAAUAUUAACAAUAAAAAUAAGAAUUUAAAUUUAAAUGUAGAUUAUAAUAAUAAUAAUAAUAAUAAUAAUAAUAAUAAUAAUAAUAAUAAUAAUAAUAAUAAUAAUAAUAAUAAUAAUAAUAAUAAUAAUAAUAAUAAUAAUAAUAAUAAUAAUAAUAACAACAACAAUAAUAAUAAUAUCAAUAAUAAUAACCAUAAUAAUAAUAAUAAUAACAACAAUAAUAAUACUAAUAAUAAUAUCAAUAAUAAUACUAAUAAUAAUAAAAGUAAUGAUAAUAAUAAUCAUAAUAAUACUAAUAAUAAUAAUACAAACAAUAACAGUAACAACAUUGAUAAUAAAGAAAACAAUAAUGAAGAAAAUGAAAAUGUAGAUUUUAAUAAUAAUAAUAAUAAUAAUAAUAAUAAUAAUAAUAAUAAUAAUAAUAAUAAUAUCAAUAAUAGUAAUAACAAUACUAAUAAUGAUAAGAGUAAUAGUAAAUCAAUUGAUAACGAAAAUCAAUGA